GAAACAAAAAUGGUUCUUGUAGCUCUAUAACAUUACAGCGCCUCAAAGGGACGCAGAAGGCAAGGCGGUUGUCAAUUGUCAGUUUUUAAGUCGUCGUAAUCUCGGUUGGAGGGAAUAACAGAGACAUUUUUCCAAACAUUUAAAACGGCGUGUGUAUUUUGUGAGUGGUUUGGCCCCCUAGGGGUCAUUUGUGGAUAUGGCAGACUAUUAUAUUAACACAAACCAAAUAUUUAAAAGAGAUGAUUCAGAAAUAGAUAUUAGUGGUAACGAGGACUCGGACGAUUCUGGUGGUGGUGAACAUCCAGCUAGGUCGAAAAAAUCUAUUAAUAAAGGACGAUGGAGCAAAGAAGAGGAUGCUAGGUUGAAACAGUUAGUAGAAGAAUAUAAUGAAAAAUGGGAUAUAAUUGCAGAACAUUUUCCUGACAGGUCAGACGUACAAUGUCAACAAAGGUGGACUAAAGUUGUCAAUCCUGAAUUGGUGAAAGGACCUUGGACGAAAGAGGAAGAUGAGAAAGUUAUAGAACUAGUAAAUAAAUACGGAGCCAAAAAAUGGACAUUAAUAGCACGACAUUUAAAAGGCCGAAUAGGUAAACAGUGUAGAGAAAGAUGGCAUAACCAUCUUAAUCCAAAAAUCAAGAAAAGUGCUUGGACAGAACAAGAGGAUGAACUUAUUUACCAAGCCCAUCAGAUGUACGGUAAUCAAUGGGCUAGGAUAGCGAAGUUAUUGCCAGGUAGAACGGAUAAUGCAAUUAAAAAUCACUGGAAUUCAACGAUGAGACGAAAAUACGAAGCGGAAAAUAGAGAAAAUGGUGAAUCGAAACGUGGAAGACACAGGAAAAAUGUUAGACUUACUGAUGCUAAUGUUUAUUCACAAUAUCCACAACAGAGGCACCAGGGUCUGCAAGUUGGUGAUAGAAUUUCACUGAAACAAGAAAAUGAUUGGACCGUUGAAAUGUAUGAUCAAGCAAGUAGUCAAUCGAGUACAGGAGGUUUUUCUGCAGGGGCCCCUACUCCUAGUCCAACAUCUCAUUCUGUGCCUAACACUUAUGAGCGAACAAAUCCAUCACCUCCACAAGCAGCGCAAAAUAGCAACGACCCUAUGUCUUCUUACAAUUAUGUCAACAUCUACCCCAAUCAACAUUCACCUGUAAAAUUAACACCAUUGAAUGAUGAAGCCUUAUCAGAUUUUGAGAUGGGUUUCUACAAUUCACCUGGUGUGAGUCCACUUAAAAUGGCGAAUAGACAUUUUAUUAAAGCAAAAGUUAACCAAUCACAUUAUACCCAAACUACACAAGUACCUGUAACCUCUAUCACCAACGGACCCCGUUCAACCACUCCUCCGAUUUUGAGGAGAGGAAAGUCACGUAAAAGACAUGACAGUGCCGAAGCAGAGGAAAUCAAUGUUAUGGAUCCGGUACCAGCUAAACUGGAAAUGGACCUCAUUGAUUCAGGAAAAUCUUCAUUUUUCAGUCCAUUGAGGAAUGGACCUUCCCCCAUAAAGCAGCUACCUUUUAGUCCUUCACAGUUUUUGAAUAGUCCAAAUAUUGCCAACCUCACAUUUGAUGUUACUAUGUCUUCAACUCCCAAGUCUUCACAGAAUGGACAAAUUUCUACACCUGUAAAAGAUAAAUCCAGACCGGAUAGAGACUACAGUCCACUUAGUACACCUCGUGGUAUUCAUGCCAUUAUAAAACAAGAUGCUACCGCUUCUUGUUCGACUGCGGCAGAUAUUACCUCAACUCCUAAUAAACGUUUUCCGAGUGAUACACCUCGAACACCGACUCCUUUCAAGAAAGCUCUAGCGGAUCUAGAAAAGAAAUCAGGCCCGAUUAAAAAUCUUCCCGACACACCUUCAUCUAGACUUGAAGACAUCACUGAAAUUAUGAAGAAAGACCAAGACAGUUCACAUUAUGAAACAGAUACUAGCGUUAUGGUUACUAAUGAUAGUGGCUAUAUGACUGGAAAACGAAAAGGCGCUGCAUCCUCCGCAGCAGGCAAAGAAAACGUUCUUCCUAACAAGAGAGUGCGCAAAGCUUUAGCCCCUUCCUGGGCUUCUUCCUCAUCUCAAAUGAGCUCUUCGGAUAUCUCUUUCGCUGUCGAGACUCCUAGUAAAUCUUUGGGUGAUGACACCUCAAUAUUAUUUUCAACUCCAUCAUCAAUAAUGAAAGACUCGUUAGGAGUAACAGGAUUGAUGGAUUAUCCCCCACAGGCGGGGUCCUCCAAGCGCCCGCUUCCCGUCAGUGUUCCGACAACAACCCGAGGAGCUUCCUCUGGUUCAACUGUUCAGCGUAGUACUGCUGCCAAAAGGAUCACCUUUGAAGAACCAGGUCCUGUUGCUCCAAAGCUCGAUUAUCUUUGGGUGAUGGUUGCUUGUGGACGAACUCAAGAUCAACUAGAUCUUACAGAACAGGCACACAAGUUUCUUAAAACAUCGGGUUUGAAACCACGUUCAUUGAACUUUUGAUAUUCGUGAAUAAUGUAUAUAAACUACAUUCGUUGUUAGAAUGUGGACCGUUUACAAAGAAUUGUAGUGCAAAUAGUUUGUUUUUUACUUAUAUAGAUUUUGUUAUUUGUAAGUUUUAUUUUAUAAUUUGACUUCAGUCAAACUAUGCACAGUAUGUAAUUAUAGUAGUAUUUAUAUAAAGUAUUCUAUUUGAACAAUCUCGCCAAUGCCUACCAAAUAAUUUAUUUAUAAUAUUGGUUUUAAAAUUUAAUAGUUUGUUAAAAAUAGUUCAACUUGCAUCACCACGCCAUUAUUUCCAAUAUCUUACUUAUAUUGAUUGGAUAUUUUAUAUUGAAUUAUAUUUCAAAAUGUAUGUCAACCCUUGUAAUAAUCUCGCGAUGAUUUGGCUCUAAUGUUGGCCUGAUUGUCCAAAAAUAACCAUAAUUUUACUUUUAAAUUAUGUAAUUGGUACAGUUACGUUUUUAAAAUAACUGAAAUUUUUUCUAUCUACAUUUCACUUUUAUGGAUUUAAAAGAAUUUGUUGUUAUUUAUACAAAAAUGAAGAUAUUAGCACACUUGUCAAAGGUUUUUUUCAAUUAUUCUAAAGCAACCGUUAUUGACAAUAACAUAUCAUUAAAAACAGACAUGCAAAAUUCUACUCAAUUCUUAACAACUCAACAACACUUAGAGAAUAUUUAUUUUUGGAGGCAGACACAUAAAUUUAAGUGCAUAAGGUGUAUAACACAUUAUUUAAAUGUUUUUAAUAUUAACCGUAUAUACCACAUGAACUUAUAACUCACCUGAGCCAAGGGAAAUAAAAUACCAGAAAUCUUCUAUCUUCGUUUAAGUACAGUCCUCAUCAUGACUAUAUAUUUGUGUUACCAAUAAUUAAAAGAUUUAUCUAUCUGAUACAUAUUUAUAUUAAUCUGUGUUUGCAACAUAUACACCUAUGUGUUGUAAUGUUCAAAUUUUUUUUACAACACACCUGGUAUGUGAUAUUAAUUUAUUUAUUAUCAUAAUUACAUUUUAUUUGCACUAACCUAAUUAGUUGUGUGGAACAAGUUUCAUUAUAUUACAAGGUGUCAGGCAACAUACUAUAAUAUUUCAGCUUAUGGCGCAAAUAUAAAUGCAGGAAAAAAAACAAACCAAAGACAGUCCUCCAACAUAUUCCUAUGAUAUUUUGGUAAAGUGUAAUGGAAAUCCAGUGGAAUUUUUCAGUUUAUCAUAAUUUGUCGUUACACUAUAUUUAAACAUACUUUGAUAAAUUGUAAUUAAGUUGGUUAGAUUUUCAUUUAUAUAUUUAUGUUCUGUAAUUUUUUUCCCAGUACUACAUUUUCUCAUUCUGUUAAUUGGUAAAUUUUUGUAUCAUAGUAGUAGAUGAAUUGAUAGUUUUCUUUUUGUGCACCUUUAUCUCAUAACAAUUUUGUUUAUGAUCUCUAACGCUAUAAUUCCUACUCAUUUUAUACUUUAACGUUGACUGUUAUCUAACUUUCCUACUACAUUGUAGAGGUAACAAAUUGUUCUUCUGUUGGUCUGCAAGUAUCUUCUUAUAAUUUAUAUAAUUUGAUUGUAAUUUUUUUCAAUUUAAAGAUGGUGCAAAAAAUAUAUUAUCUAUGAAUUUUUUUGUAUAAUACCAAGUUUUAUAUUAUAAAUAAACAAUAUUUUGUUCGUUCAAUAUUGGUGAUGUAAAUUGUUAUUUUUUUUACCACAAACAUUUUAAUAUAAAUGUAUGUUACUGUAUAAGAAUGUUCAUAAUCCUACUUUUGUGUUUGUUAGAAUUUGUACAAGUUUAGUAUUUGUUUAGUAUUUUAACAAAAAUUGAUUGGUAAAUUAAUAUAAAUUUGUAUUAUUUGAUGUAAAAAAUAUUUAAAUACAAUUAACAGGCUUUUGAAGCUUUAAAAGCUUAAUUGAUUAUAAGAGAUAUUUUGGAGACAUAAUUUUAAAUCACUUUUAAGUUAUAAUUUAUUUAAUAUUUCACAUCCCAUAUAUAUUGUAUUAUAUAAUUCCUAAAAUUUCCAUGAUGUGAAAAUAAAAUUUUUACAUUUAUUUAUUUGAUUAUCACUGUAUAUUGUAAUAAAACUUGCUAUCUUUACAA